AUGGUUUCCGCCUCUAAGGCUGCUCGUAUGGCCAAGCGUGCCGACGACGGCAAGAAGAAGGGCAAGAAGGGCGACAAGGGCGAUGAAACUCCCGUUCUUGACGCCGAUGGCAACCCCUUACCCCAAGAGGAGCAACCCGCCACCACCGAUGCCAAGAUGAAGGAAGUCGAGAAGCUCACUGCACAGAUGGACAAGCACGGCCUGUCGGACCGUGUCACCACCGGUGUGCUUUCGUCUCUGCCUUCUUCCCGUGACGCCAAGGUCACCUCGGCCUCGCUGGUGUUCCACGGUAAGGUCCUUAUUACCGACUCUACCCUCGAACUCAACUUUGGCCGUCGCUAUGGUCUGCUGGGUGAGAACGGCUGUGGCAAGUCCACACUGCUCAAGUCUAUCGACUCGCGGGAGUUCCCCAUUCCCGAACACAUUGAUAUAUACCUUCUGAACGAGGGUGCACCUCCCAGUGACCUCGGUGCUCUGGAGUGGGUCGUCAGCCAGGCCCAAGAACAGCUGGACGGGAUGGAAAAGAAGGCCGAGGAGAUUCUGGAGCACCACGGCCCCGAGAGCCCCAUCCUGGAGGACCUUUACGACCGCAUGGACAAGAUGGACCCGUCCACCUUCCACACCCGUGCCUCGCUCAUUUUGACCGGUUUGGGCUUUAACAAGACCACCAUCCACAAGAAGACCAAGGACAUGUCCGGUGGGUGGCGUAUGCGUGUCGCCCUCGCCAAGGCCCUGUUCGUCAAGCCGUCGCUGCUUCUGCUGGAUGACCCCACCGCCCACUUGGAUCUCGAGGCCUGCGUGUGGCUGGAAGAGUACAUGAAGAAGUGGGACCGCACCCUGGUGCUGGUGUCGCACUCGAUGGACUUCCUGAACGGUGUCUGUACCAACAUGAUCGACAUGCGCGGGAAGCAGCUCCUCUACUACGGUGGUAACUACGACUCGUACCACAAGACCCGCUCCGAGCAGGAGACCAACCAGAUGAAGGCCUACAACAAGCAGCAGGAGGAAAUCCAGCACAUCAAGAAGUUCAUUGCCUCGGCUGGUACCUACGCCAACUUGGUGCGUCAGGCCAAGUCGCGCCAGAAGAUCCUCGACAAGAUGGAGGCCGAUGGUUUCAUCCAGCCGGUCAUCCCUGACCGUGUCUUCACCUUCCGUUUCGCCGAAGUCGACAAGCUUCCCCCUCCCGUUUUGUCCUUCGACGAUGUCAGCUUCUCCUACUCGGGCAAGUGGGAGGACUCCCUCUACGAGCACCUUGACUUCGGUGUCGACAUGGACUCCCGAACUGCCCUGGUCGGCCCCAACGGUGUCGGCAAGUCGACCUUGCUGCGCUUGAUGACCGGCAAGCUGAGCCCGAUUGGUGGUCGUGUCAGCCGUCACACACACCUUAAGCUGGGCAUGUACAGCCAGCACUCCGCGGAGCAGCUCGACUUGACCAAGUCUUCCCUCGAAUUUGUCCGUGACAAGUUCCCCGAGAAGUCCCAGGACUAUCAGUACUGGCGCCAGCAGCUGGGCCGCUACGGUCUCAGCGGUGAGGGUCAGACUGCUUUGAUGGGUACCCUGUCCGAGGGUCAGAAGAGCCGCAUCGUGUUCGCCCUGCUGGCCAUCGAAUCGCCUAACAUGAUUCUGCUGGACGAGCCUACUAAUGGUCUCGAUAUCCCCACCAUUGACUCCCUGGCUGACGCUAUCAACGCGUACAGUGGUGGUGUUGUUGUGGUCUCCCACGACUUCCGUCUGCUUGACAAGAUCGCCAAGGAUAUCAUGGUUUGCGAGCACAAGACCGUGCGCCGCUGGGACGGCAGCAUCGGCCAGUACAAGAACCACCUGCGCAACAAGAUGCUGUCGGCUGGUGCCGUCUAA